UAGGCUUGAUUGUCAAGUGAAGCGUAGCGAAGUGUGUGUUGGUUGUAUCGUCCGUGGUGUCGUCAUAAGUGGUUCGUCGGUCUGCCAUAGAUGGCCGUAGAUCCGCCACGUCAAGUGCUCAUUUCUGGGCAAUGCCAGCAACCAGUCAAAUUUACACUGAUAUCAGAACAAAUCUAUCUGCUGAAGAAAACCACAGGGAUUAACUCAAUAUUCGAGAAAAAUUCAUUAGAGAAGCUUAUACAUGGAUUUCUUUGAUUCAAUGGCAACGCACAUGGAUUAUGAUGGCCAAGCCAGGGCCGAAAAACUGUCUCGUGUGAUUGUCACACUUUUUGGAGCAGUUGGCCUUGUUUGGGGAUACACGAUACAGCAGUUUUCACAAACUAUUUACAUUCUCGGAGCUGGUUUUGUCCUAGCUGGAAUAGUUACUGUACCCCCAUGGUCGAUGUAUCGCCGCAAGCCUCUUGAUUGGCAGAAACCUCAACCAGAAGUCCCCACAAAGUUCAAGAAGAAGAAAUAAUAACCAUUGGAAGUGGAAUAAAAGAAUUAAUAUCUAUUA